UGUGCUGCAUAUUUCCACCAUAUUUUUUCUUAAAUUAUAAUAUUUUUACUUAAUUUUUAAACAGACAUGUAGGGAUGAAGUGAAUUCCAAAUUAUUGGCAAUGGGGUUAUAUUAUCUAAUUAGAGCUGAAAAUGCAUACAAAAAUGGGUGGAUUAUUGUUGGAUGUAUACAUACCCCAGAAGAUGUAACAGCAAUAAUUCAUCAAGGAAUAUUACCUACUCAUGUUAUACAUUUAAUUGCUCCUUUUCACCCCCCUAUAAAUGAACUUAUAUACUGUAAAGUACAUGCAGAGUGGCCGAUAUACAGAAGACGUAUUUUUCAUAUAAGGCAUUUAUUUAGCAAAGUUUUAGUAGAGGUUUAUUUACAACAAAAAUCACUUGAUAAAAUAAUCAUCGAGUGUGUGAAUGCAUCAAAACUUCGUUCAGGUCCAAAUUUUAUAAAACCAAGAAUAAUAAUUUUCGGACCACGUGGUUCAGGAAGGAAAACACAGGCUAGAAUGUUAGCAGCCAAACUAAAUUUAGUUUAUAUUAAUUUCGAAUAUCUAAUAUGCCAAGCAUGGACUUCUGAAUCAGAGCUGGGCAACAAAUUACGCGAAUGCAAAAGCGAAGUCUGUUUUCAUUCGGAGCUGAUGGCACAAGUAAUUAAUAAAAGGAUUUUGGAGGAUGAUUGUUUGGAAAAUGGAUGGGUUUUAACUGGAUUUCCGUAUACAGUGAAUGAUUUAAAACUUCUGGAUACAUUAGAUACCCCACCAAGCAGAAUAAUAUUUCUUGAUAUCGACAUUAAUAUAUGCAUGGAAAGAAUUAGGCAUAGAAGAUAUAAUAUUUAUACUGGAUCUGUAACUAAUAUUAAGGAACAACCUGAAGUUGCAAUUAAAAAAGAAUUAAAAAUUCAUCUUAAGGAUGACGAAAGAUAUGUUCAAUCUGAGGUAAACAAAACAAAUUUUCAGGUAAACAUAUCCCAAUCAUAA